AGAGACAGACCAAUUAUUAUGUGCUAUUAAUAGGAUGCAGCAUGCAGGAACAGUAUUCACUGACUGCAUGAGUCACAGGAUUGUGUUUAGGAAUUUUACAGUACAGGUUUUAAAGAACAAAAAGGAAUCUCCAUAGAAAUAUAUUGAAAAGAACAAGGCUAAGAUCCUCCCAAAGGCAGGCAGACAAGCAAGCACUUGGCCAGCUAUUGUUAGAGCUGAAUGCAGGAUUGUGUCAAUCAAAAAAAGUACUGUCUACUUUUUUAAAAGUUGAAUAUGUACUAAUAAAUAUGAUCUGUAAACUAUAAUGCCAUUAAGACGUUGUCAAAAUGUCAACAGAGGAGCUUCCAGUGACUUCUCGUUGGUGACAUGCAGGACUUGUUCAAUAAUUUAGUCCACUUAAACCAGCUCCUGUUAUCUCAUGUUCAUCUGCCUCACACUUUUGAGAGUAUUGCCCCCAUCUCAAAAUCCAAUCAACAAUCAAUAGAACCAAGUCCCCCGCCCAACAUUUGUUUAUUUUGCUAUACUCCCUUACACUUGGAUGUAGGUCACAGAAUAGAAUAAACAAGCUGUUGAUAUUUUAAUUUUAUCGCAUUUUUAAAUUAAAUUCCUGAAAGGAUUGAAAAUGCAUCUCUGUUUUCAUAUGUGAUGACAAACUGUCAUCUGUUUUUGAGUAUGUGCGAUGUGAAUAUGAGCGAUUGGAAGUUUGGAUAGGGAGACAUUCACAUAGUAAUGGGUUAUGCAAGUGUGUAGGGUGUGAUAACCUCGGAUUAUGAGUCACCGCGAGCGUGUGUGAUGCGCUACACACUCCCUUCGCUGGAGCAAACACGGAAGAAGCGGGAGACUACACAGCUGUAAACGCCAAAGAAAGGCCUGGAUACCGCAACUGUAGAUGUCACCGGCGAUCCAGAUCCACUGAGUCCAGUCCUGUCGCUCAGUUUCAGCAGUGAUGUGAGGUGGGCUUACAGCGCUCUAUAGCACGGCUCUGUUUCUACUGGAUCAGCAAAUACUCUCUGUUAUAGGUAUGCGGUAUCAAGUGUUAGGGUUAUUUUUAUACUUCUGUCAGUUCUGCAGGUUUUCGUGUGGGAACAAGUAUAUAUGGCCGAGCAUAAUUGGUAUUGAAUCAUUUUGAUCUGAAAGACCUGCGCGUAGACGCGUUUUGGAUAGGAGUUUGAUCACUCUGGCAUCUCAAAGGCAGACUGGACGUUCAAUGUCUACAAUGAUGUAAGGAUCGUUGUCCUGAUGGGAAUACUAUCCUUCUGGAUGUGGCCUUCAAAUGUGAAUUCUGGGCUUUGUGUAUGAAAAGAUGCUCUGAGCCAAUGAAGAAUUUUCCACAAAAAAAGAACCAAAAAGCAUCCUGACUUUGUAAAGUUGGACUGAUUUUGAAUGCCAAGUGCAUUGUGAUUUUUGUCUCCCGUUCACGUGUACAGUCCAUUUAUUCUUUUCGCCUUUCCUGUCUUCCAUUCACCCUGCUGCAAGGUCUGACUCUCUGUUGUGCGGGAGGACGCGGUGGGUCCAACAUGUCUGCCAAGGCUCCCAUAUACCUUAAACGAAGAAGCUGUAAAGGAAAGAAGGAAAAGUUGCGUGACAUUCUUUCCUCUGACAUGAUCAGUCCUCCACUGGGAGACUUCAGACACACCAUCCACAUUGGCAGUGGUGGGGGCGCAGAAGAUCUUUUCGGUGACCUGUCUUUCCUACAAGGUAAAUUUCACCUGUUACCAGGGCAACAAGGUCACCAGGGGUCUUUCCAGCUUAGUCGCACAGCGAGUGUACGAAGUCACCUGCCGUCCUGUGAGAGCUCACCGCUCUUAAAAAAUGCCCUCUCUCUUCCUGUCAUUGGAGGGGUGCAGGCACUCACCCUUCCAGCUCCGAUGGCCACAGCCCCUCUGACUUCAACAGCAAUGGCGACCACUGAGGUCCCAAGAGCACUGACUACGACCCAAUCACCCCCAACAUCUCCAUCUCUCGCUCCACCUCCCAAACCACCCAGACUGCACCUGGAAGAGAGGAACGUGUCACGGCAUACAUCACUUCCUGCAUCCACAAACCGCUCUCCACUUCAUUUGCACACAAAUGGACAAAGUCCAGAUCCUGAGGAAAAUGAGAAGUGUGUGAAGGAUAGGGAUGAGGAGGAAAAGUCAUAUCUGUCCAACGCUGGCUCUAUGCUUUCCCUCCAUCUGGACUUGGGGCCAUCGAUCCUAGAAGAUGUGCUUCAGAUCAUGGACAACCAGAGGACAGGGACAUUCAGUGGGGGACUUAAAUCUAGUGGACGACAAGAGAUAUAUACCUGAAAGUGAUCAAGAUAUCAGAAUCAAAGCUUGAUGGUGCAUAAAUUGACUAAUCGCAUUUUCAUCUUCAUGUAUCAAAACAGUUUGCCUUGUGAAAGAACUGAUUUACCUGCUGUACAAUUGCAUUUCCUGGAUAUUUUGAAAUUGUAUGCUUAUUAUACAUAUAAUCUUUGAAAAAGACCUUUGGAAGCUACAGGAUUGGAACCAAUUCGAAUUGAAUAUAUCAUUGGAUUUCUGUGUUCAAAUAGAUUGUUUUAAUUCAUCUCUGUUCAUUUUGGCCUACAAGCAAUACACUAAUUCUGGCUACUCUUAGAUACAUUUUAAAACAUCUGAAAGCAUUUUAGCAAGCACAUCUAAAACUACCUGCAGUGUGUAUGUAGUAUUACAGAGCAACAUGCUAUAGGUCUCCUGGAUUCACUACAGGAAAAAAAAACAAAAAUGACAUUUUUCUCUAUCAAAGCAGCAAUGACAUCAUCCCCCCCCCACCCCCCUUCUGUGUUGUUGCAAUUUGUGUAAUCGGGUAAAAAUGCGCAGCUCCUCCCUAAUGAUCUGGACACACACACAUGCCAGGAGGCCUCUGCAUCUACACCCUGGGAUUGUAACUUUCUCUUUUUGUUGGGGAGUAGUUUUCAUUGUUCCGAAACAGAAACCCAAAGGCUGUUUCUUGAUGGAGCAGGAAUAUGGAAUGUUUUCCUUUCAUAAAAUACACAUUUUCUCCUGUGUUUGGUUGUUGUUGAGGUGUCUGCAAUCCCUGAGGCUUUGACAGAUGAUCACUUUUCUUAGGCAGCAGUGGUUUUUCCUUUCGCUGACUGAGUGGUGGGGCCUGAAAGAAGGGUUUGUUACCUUGGUAUCUCCCAUGCAUGUAAUUCACCCCACAUGGGUUAAUAAUACUCAGUGCUCUCUGUUCACAGAUUUAGACCUAUUAGUAUUAUUUUGUCAGAUUAUAAAUUCAAAUAAGUAACUAUUUUAUUAACUUACUCCGAAGUGCAUCAAACCGUCAACAGCAAACGUUAACAGAAAUAUAAUCAUAUUGCAAUCAACUUUAUGAUGCUAACAUUGCACUGUAACAGCAAUAAAAAAAAAAUCUACUGUGUUCAAUUAAACUAAUAAAUUCUCAUAUUUAAAAAAAAAAACUAUUUGAGAUUUGAAAACUUUCCCACAUUUAUCUCUUCUCGAAAGCUUUGCUCUAAGUAGCAAGUGUUUUUGAGAGUUCUUUUUGUAAGCACAAGGACUAAUUUCAUUACACUAAAUAUUAUCUUACUGAACAGGACCUAAAUCUGAGACAGAAUAAAUAGAUUUGAGCACUAAUCAUAACUCUUAGUGUUUAUUUUGAAUUUUUUUAAACUUACCCCUACAUUAACAUUUUUUUAUUUUUUAUUUGUGCCACUUUACUGCUCAGAUGAGACAAAAGAUAAUGUUGAAUAUGAAAAUAUUUUCACAUUUGCCUUUUUUAAUGUUUAUAUAGCUCAUAUAAAUAGUUUAAGGGUGAUCAGGGUUACUGAGGAUCUUAUGAUUUUGCAUCAUUCAAGCACAAUUACAACAAUAAAACAAACAAACAAAAACAAUAAAUAAAACUCCAAUACCAAUAAACAAUAAGCAAUUGGGUAAAUAUAGAUGGGUACUUGUAUAUAUAUAUAUAUAUAAAUAGGCAGAUGCUUUGUACACCACUUAUUAAUCAUCUCUAAAAUACUUUUCUGCUCCACCACAGCAAAAUACUGUGAUCAGUCAUGUUGUUUAAUAUUAAUGCUAUUUUCAGUUUGUGAAAAUUUCAGACUUGGAUUAUUACUGGAUUUUAUAUUCAAUUGAAAAUGUGAUAUUCUUAUAUUAUUGACAUGACUUAUUUCACAAAUACCAUACAUUCCUGACAAAUACUUCUUACCAUGAAAAUGGAUUAUGUUUUUAAACUGAAGGGGAAGCAGCUGUAUCUCUGUGAGGAAUAUUAUAACAUUGCUGCCUUAUCAAUAAAAGCGAAUCAUUAAUUGCUUUGACUACACGUUACCCUUGUGUCAUGUGCCUCUAUAGCACUUGUUCAGAUCUGCACCAGGAGACAUUUUUGUCCAUGCAUUGGUUUUUAUUUGGGCUUUUAGUCCGAUUCUGUACUGGAUAUUUGCUGCUGCUGCUGUACACACUACAUUACAGGAUAAGACAUAGAGACAGAAACAUAAUGGUGAAUAAAUGUUGAUUUCUGAUGCAA